UUAGGCAACAUCAACAUUUAUUGUUCGUCGGGCACUGGGUCGCUAUUCCCCUUUCCUCUUGAGACUCGGAGAGUCAAAAGACAAAUCAAAUUCUCUUGUCAACAAAUUAGACAGACAUAGUAAAGAUUGCAAUGAGUAUGAUAUUGUUACGUUACAACAUCCCCAUCACUAUUAUUUUCCCCAAAAUUCCUUUUCGCAUUCCAUUCACUCCGUUUCAAAAAAAAAAAAAAACUGCACAUUAUUGAUUGGAUUGCAGAAUUCUAACAAACACAACAAGGUAAAUCGUUCUGUGGCGUGCUACUGAUGAAAUGGAUAAACAGCCGGGGGCUAUGGGGACGAGUGCUGGUUUAGCUUUGCGAUUAGGACAGGCUAUUUUCUCUGUCAGUUCACUUCUUUUCAUGUGUUUUGGUGUUUCUUUCUUCAGCUACAGCUACGCUCCUUUCUGCUUUUUGGUGACAACCAUGGGUUUGGUAACACCAUGGAGUUUGGGAUUGGCAAUGAUUGAUACAUUUCUAGUCUUGGCUAAACGCCCAUCUAAUCAGCCCAGAGUAUUGACAGCUGUUGUUUUAGGAGAUUGGGUCCUUUCGGUACUGUCACUGGCUGUGUCGUGUUCCACAGCUAGUGUGGCUGAUUUCCUGAUUGCUUCUGGUAAUGUAUACUGCAGAGAUAACAUAUGCCUACGGUAUCAACUCUCUGCUGCCAUGGCUUUCUUGACUUGGAUUUUGUCAUCGGCGUCUUUGCUCUUGAAUCUUUGGCUUCUUCCUACAUUAUAUUAGUUGUAUCUCUGGUCCUGGACCCCUCCUGGUUGUCUCUUGAUUUAACGAAUAGGGAGUAACAAUUGUGACCGAUCUAUUCUGCUAUGAUCUCUGAAAGGGUUAGAAUGAUACUAAAAGUUACUUCACUCAUUGCGUUAAAGUAUUUAGUCCAUUUAUAAACGACAUGCGUCAUUAAACUUGCA